AGAAGAAGAAAACUAAGGAAGCAGUUGUACACAGAAGAAUGACGCUUUGUUAAAAGUUACAGAUAAAAAUAACUAGGUAAAAUAAAAAGAGUUAUUAAGAAUAAAUCAUAGAAGCAAAAUCGUCCAUUUGCCUGUUAACGAAGAUGCCAUCUUCAGAGGAAUCCUACGGCAUCAAGAAUGUUGCAGACAAAAUCUGCAGGCUGCCUCCGGAUCUCUUAACCGAAACAUCUCAGCACAUUCUGGCUUAUCUUCAAGGGCAAACCAGUGGGGUAGAUUCUGCUGAAAUUUCUCAUAGAUUUCAGAGGGCUGGAGUGAGUCUUCAUCAUGAAGCUGUUCAGAGCAUUAUCAGAUUUCUUCUCUUGACAUUCCGGUCAGCUGGAAAGAACAACCUCUCUGCAGAUGACUUUGUGUCAAAACUCGAGGAAAGCUGCAGCAAAUGGUCUAAAACCUCUCUUCAGGUCUUGCAAACACUGUGGAGUGAACAUGGUGCCGCCGUACAUGCUCAGCAAGAAGCACAAUCUGUGCUCAGCAUUGGUCAGCUUGUGGACGUGCAGUGGAAGCUGGGGAUGGCAGUGAGUUCGGACACAUGUCGCUCUCUUAACUCGCCUUACGUGUCGCUGUUACUGAAGAUUGCAGAGCCUUCUGGACAGAUCCAACAGAGGGCUUUUGAGAUGACUAUUCCACAGUUCCAGAAUUUUCACAAGCAAUUCAAGGAGAUGGCAGUGAUUAUGGAGACUGUAUGAUGGCGAGAACGCCUAAGUGGGCAGUUAGAAGCAGUUUAUAUAAGACUGAACAAAAGAACAGCUUGAUAUGUCUUUUCUUUCUCUACCUGGAGUCUUAAAAUGUCGAUGUGACUUGCUGGAAAUGUCAGCUCUCAGCUUGGCUCUCUACAGGUUGUAUAAGCUCUUACAUGAUGUACCUGCAGCACUUCCAGACAAGACCGGUUGAAAUAGGCAGCUUUUAGGGUUGUUUAGUUUGUUGUAAUACUUUAAGUGCAGAACCUUGAAUUUUGCCACAGCUGUCAGGUUUUCCUAAUGUGACUGAUUUAUCACAAACUGCAAUGCUUUUUAUUUGUGCACUCCAGGCAUGGAUGUUUUUUUUUUAAGUUAAAGGAUUGUCAUGUGGUUGUCUUUCUCAGUGCAAGCAUUCCUUUUGAUGCCUUUAUGAAAACACUGUACAUAACCUCUUGUUAUACACUUUACAAAUAAUAAAAACUGCAUUUGCAAA